GGAUAAAAAUUCUAAUCAAGACAAAAGUCACUUCCCAGGCAGUUAUAUGUACAUUUUAGAAACAACGAGACUUAAAAACCGGUGGAGCUUUGUUGCAUGUCAUACACCUCUUACUCGCCUUUUUCAUGUCUGCCUCUUCACUGUUGACUGUCUAAUAAAAGGUAAAAAUGCCAAAACAAUAAUUCCACAAAAAAAUUAAGUCCACUGCCACAUUAGAUUAUAUUCAACUUUACUAUUUAUGUACGGAGAUGAGAUACAGUUUAGCAUCUAACCAGAAGUGCAAAAAGCAGUAAUGUAGUGGAACGGUUUCCUGAGUCGGACACCACUAGCUAGUAUGUUCCUGAGUCAGCGUGACACACUUUCCUGUCGUUUCCGUUUCUCAAUCGCCCUCGAAGCAUAAGUAAAAGUAAUUUAUACAUGUUUAAGAGUCUACAUGUCAGGUUUCGCAUCUAUACAUAAACUUUUGCAUGUCUGAUUACUAUACGAGUGAUUUUGAUGAGAGAAAGCCGCAAGAAUGCUUUGAUCAUUUUUUGCUUGGACGACGCUCCUCCCCAAUUGAAAGUGUAUUUUCACUGUGCUGCUUAAACUACACACUCAUAUAAGUGCACAUUGUAGCUAGCUUUACAAUGCUUUGUCUAGCCAAUGAAAAUAUAGGAUCUUGUGUUACAGUCUAUAGUCGAGUUGGAGAGAGGCAGAAAUGUUGAAUGUAUGAGGGAAAAAAGUUACAGCCGCGGGAAAGACGAACAAAGAUGCAUGUAGCAAAUGCAGCGUUUUUUUAUUUUCAGAAACAUGACAUGAUAUAUUAUAUUAUAUAUUUUCAAAUUAGCUAUUCAAACUUAUUUUCUUGUUGUUUAUAAGCUAGGUCAAAUAAACUAUAUUCAUGCACCAUGAUUUAAUACAUUAUGAAAAGAAUUUGGGUGUGCUCUCACACACUGUGUAUGUGUUGAAGGCCAGUAGAGGCUCUUAUAAUGGGAAAUCUUGGUUAUAGAUUAACCUUCAAUAUAAUAUGUACAAGGUUAACCAAAAUUGAAUGUUUUUGACACUGGCUGAAAAGAUAGAGAACAGAGACAGAAAGGGAGAAAGAAGGAGAUACUAAAAAGGAGACAGGGAGAAACGAGACAGGAAGAAGGAGACAGGACGAGUCAGAAAGGGAGACCAGGAGAAAAGAGAUAGGAAGGGGAAAGAAGACAAGACAGGGAGUUAAAAUACAAAAGGUAGGUAAAUGGUGUUUGUGUGUGUGUAUAUGAGAGAGAGAGGUUUUUAUUUCCUUAACAGGAGCAUCAAGAUGUAAAAGAGAAAGAGAAAAAGAGAAAUUGUAAUGCUUCUUUGGUUUAAGGUAAAUAUAUUUGUGUCUAUGCAUGUGGUAAAUAUAUUUAUACAUGGAUAAUGUACCUUUUUAAACCAAAUUUUGAAUAUACUGUAUUUCUGAAAAAAAUGUAUAUGCAUUUUUAGAUGCCUAACAUCCGCCAUAAUAAAAGUGGGAGAGGAAGACAAGAAAGUGGACCCCAGAAGCCAUGGGACUGGCCAUACAGGAGAUGUAAGCAGGCAGGCAGCCGAGCAGUUUGGAGUCCCCGAGUCCAGCCUGAGUAACCGAGUCAGUGGAAGGCUGAUUUCAGGCAAUUGUAUCAAUUACUUUGUAGGUUGCUUACACACACACAGAAAUGACAGCUAAUUUUUUUUUUUUUAACAACUAAGACAAAGGAAACACCAGGCAAAUUCUGUGGCAGCGGCAGAGGUACUCUUAGCAGGUCAGAAAUGUGUUACUAUGUUGAUACCGUUGACCUGGGAUGGCCUCUACCCUCUGGACCAUUGGCUGAUCACGGGUCAUGCCACGGGGACCUCCUCAACAGCUCCGCCAACCCCAUCGGCAUCUUCCUGGGCCCUGCCUCCUACCCAAGAUAAACUAUGCCCGCAACACUGGCAAAGUCAAGAGGAAUUCCACCAAGGCCAGGUUAUUGACGGCUCAGGAGAUGUCUGAUGUCAUCCUAACCCACCCAAGGUGGAAGGCCCAAGCUCUGGCCAGAAGAGACAGAGAGCAGCAGGGGGCCAAAGACACCAGCCUGGCAGCCACUUCCUCUAUUCUGCCUAACAGCUCCCGCCCCAGCCGCAGAAGAAGAGUGCCCCUCGGGGCUGCUUCUGCUACCAGCUGCGGCCAUCCCCGGUCCCUCAACCCGCUCUGCCCCCUCUUGUGCCUCCGACGGUCACCGGCUGCCUGCCCCCGAUGGCACACCAUCCACAGCGAGCCUGCCUGCUCAGGGACAUCGCCAUCUUCCCCCGUCUCCCGGUCCACAAGUGAAUGUGCUCCCUCAUUGCCCAGCUCCUCCUCCUUGUCUGCUGGACCCACGACAUACACUGGUGGUGUACUUAAUGUUAACAGUCUUUGCAUGCCAACCCAUCAUAAUAAAGAUAUUUUCUUACAUAUUUUUCUUCUGUGAGUAGGUCACACCGCUGGCAAGAGAGGACAGGAGCCAGUGGUUUGGCGGUGUGGGUGGUGCAGGAAGCCUGACCCUCCGGAAUCCCACCAAUGCCUUUCCCCUCCAGAAAGGGAUUGGUGUCCUGGGUCCAGUGUGACAACUGUUACAAAUGGUUCCACACCAUUUGUGUGGGCUGGGAGGAGGAGCUGGAUGAUGAUUUUUUGAUGUUUUUGGUGUUUAGAUGUCUAAUUUUAUUUAUCUAUUUAUGUCUUCAUUUUUGUCAUGUCUUUUUGUCAAAAAUGUGUUAUUUAAUAAAUCUGUUCAUGAUCUUCUCAAUCAUUUUCUCCAUAUUUUAAAAAAUUCCAUUUAAUGCAUGAACGCUUAUGUUUAUAGUUAUACUACAAAUACAUAUACAGUGGUGUGAAAAAGUGCCCCCUUCCUGAUUUCUUAUUUUUUUUGCAUGUUUGUCACACUUAAAUGUUUCAG